AUGUCUGCUCAUAGCUCUAGAUCUGAUGCAAACAACAGCAAAGCAAGUUUCGAGCAGGCGAGUUGGGGUCGUUCUUGUAAUUGUGGUAGGCCUACUAUCAAGCUGAAGUCUUGGACAGAUGAAAAUCCGGGAAGAAUAUUCUACAAAUGUGAUGUUCAUGGCUUCGUUUCAUGGGUUGAUGUUGAGAAACAAUGCAAUUGGCAGAAGUUGAGUUUAUUGGAAGCACGAGAUGAGAUCCGUCACUACAAACAAAAGGUAAAUGUGUUAAAAGAUUCCGUGAUUGAAGAGAAGAAGAUCAUACAGCUUGAAGAGGGGAAGAAACAACUUGAAAAGGAGAAGAAACAGCUUGAAGAUGAAGUUAAUGUAGCCAAAGAGAGGGAAAAGUUACUUAGGCAGUUCAUUGCAAUUUCAUGGGGAGGUUUCAUUCUUGCAAUAGCCAUAAUCAUAACAAUUUUAAAGUAG